AUGAAGAGGAAAUUCAUGGCGAGAUAUUGGGUCGAUUUUGCGAGCACCGGCGUUCGUGGUGACGGUGGAUUGGGUCUUCUGCUGCUUAAGGCCGGAGUGAUCUUCAUGGCGUGCUUGAUGCUCGAGUCCGUUGUCCUGUUUUCCUGCGUCAACAAAGGCCACAACUCGUCCCGCUCUAGCCACAAAAAGAAAAAGAGAGGUGCCAACGGCGGAGGCAGAGACGGAGGCAAUGAUGGCGGAGGCCACCACCACGGAGGUCACCACGGAGGCGGCCACCACGUCCACCACGACGCAGCCCACCACGCAGGUCACCACAGAGGCAGAGGUGGCGACAGCAGUGCCGGCUGCGUCUGUGGUGGAAGUGGGGGUGGCGGUGGAGGUAGGGGCGGGGGAGGAAGCGGUGGCAGCUGCUAA